AUCGUUAUCGUUAGCUAACGUGUGCACAGUGAAAACGGUAAAGUUCUAUGAUUACAACCAUUUGAGGUAGUGUACAAAGCAGUGCAAAAUGGCACCAAACGUCACAGAUAUCAACGGAGUGUUGUUCGAGAGUGAUGCUGCCACAGCAGAUUUUGCUCUCGCCUCACCCCCCGUAGAAAAAGCAGAUAAUUAUCCAAGAGUUUAUGUAUGGAGGAACAUUAUCCUCUUCGCAUACCUCCACUUGGCAGCGUUGUAUGGAGGAUACCUAUUCCUGUUUCACGCAAAAUGGCAAACUGAUGUAUUUGCGUACGUUUUAUACGUGAUGUCUGCCCUUGGAAUCACAGCAGGAGCUCAUAGACUGUGGGCCCACAAGUCAUACAAAGCUAAAUGGCCACUAAGACUCAUCCUGGUUGCAUUUAACACUCUGGCUUUCCAGGACUCUGCAAUUGAUUGGUCACGUGAUCACCGCAUGCAUCACAAAUAUUCAGAGACUGACGCCGACCCUCACAAUGCCACACGUGGUUUCUUCUUUUCACACAUCGGCUGGCUUUUAGUUAGGAAACACCCUGAAUUGAAGAAGAAGGGCAAAGGACUAGACCUCAGUGACUUAUUUGCCGACCCCAUUCUUAGGUUCCAGAAGAAAUAUUACCUGAUCCUGAUGCCUCUCGUUUGCUUCAUCUUACCGACUCUCGCUCCUGUAUACUUAUGGAAUGAAACAUGGUCAAACGCUUUCUUCGUCGCAACUCUGUUCCGGUAUGCAUUCAUCCUAAACGUUACCUGGCUAGUCAAUUCUGCAGCCCACAAAUGGGGACAGAAACCCUAUGACAAGAACAUCAAGCCUGUUGAGAAUAUGUCAGUCUCAUUGUUUGCACUCGGAGAGGGCUUCCACAAUUACCAUCAUACAUUCCCUUGGGAUUACAAGACAGCCGAACUUGGCAACAGCAGGCUAAAUUUCACAACACACUUCAUUAACUUCUUUGCCAAAAUCGGUUGGGCGUAUGACCUCAAAACUGUUUCUGAAGAGAUUAUUCAAACCCGAGUUAAGCGCACCGGUGACGGCUCUCACCAAUUAUGGGGAUGGGGCGACAAAGAUCACUCACCAGAGGAAAAGAAGGCAGCUAUAAGAAUUAACCCAAAGGAUGAUUAAAGCAUACGUGUAAAUAUAUAAAAUAA